ACUCAAACUUCAAUUCAUAUAAACUAACUUCGCUGGAUAAAUGGCAUCGGUUUACUCCACCCUAACCUACUGGCUCGUCCACCACCCCUACAUCGCCAACUUCACAUGGACCGAAGGUGAAACGCUAGGCUCCACGGUCUUCUUUGUCUUCGUUGUCGUCUCCGUUUACCUCUCCACAACAUUCCUCCUCCGAUACACCAUCGAUUCACUCCCCACACUCGUUCCCCGCAUUCUCAAACCAAUCACAGCCGUUCACAGCCUCAUCCUCUUCCUCAUCUCCUUAGCCAUGGCCGUUGGUUGCACUCUCUCCCUAAUAUCGUCUCAAGAUCCCAAGGCCAGCGUCUUCCACGCGAUUUGUUUACCCGUCGACGUGAAACCUAGCGGACCGCUUUUCUUCUGGGCUCAAGUCUUUUACCUCUCCAAGAUCCUCGAGUUCGUAGACACACUUCUCAUCAUACUCAACAAAUCAAUCCACCGGCUCUCGUUUCUCCACGUCUACCACCAUGCAACAGUUGUGAUCAUGUGCUACCUCUGGUUACGAACACGCCAAUCUAUGUUUCCUGUUGGUAUCGUGAUGAACUCGACGGUCCACGUCAUCAUGUACGGUUACUACUUCCUAUGUGCCGUUGGAUCGAGGCCCAAGUGGAAGAAGUUGGUGACGAAUGUUCAGAUUGUUCAGUUUGUUGUCGGCUUGGGGUUAGGAUCCGGCGCUAUGCUCCAGCAUUAUUUCGGGUCGGGUUGCUCCGGGGUUUGGGCACUUUAUUUCAAUGGUGUGUUUAAUGCUUCUCUAUUGGCUCUCUUCUACAACUUCCAUUCCAAGAACUACGUGAAGACAACUACAACCUCGAGUAUGUAUAAGAUUGAAUCAUUUAUAUUUAUAAACGGAGAGAGGUGGGCAAAGAAAGCGAUUAGAUUAUUUUCCAAGAAAAAUGAUUAAAUUGUCUUGAGUUGUUGAAUAUUAUAUAUGUUGUUUGGAUCUGUACGUUGAUGUGUUGUUACUGUAAAAUGUUUGGAAUAGUUAGUUUGAAAUUGUUUUAUGUAUUAUAUAUGAAUAAGAUGACAAAAGGUAU